AUGGGAUAUAGAACGUUUUGUUCUUUUCUUCAGAAUUUAGACCUUAUCAGAGACAAGCUGAAGAACAGGCCCGGGAUCAGAAAGAUACAAAACGUUCUAGCCUACGAUGGGUAUCAUCUUACCGAUUACUGGGGGAGAUUGAAGUUUAGAAAAGAGGGCGAUAAACUUGUGGAUGAAACUGGAUACUUUGAAGGAAUCAAGGUCAAUAGCUUUGGGGAUAUGUUAACUCAGGGAAGAAUGACCAGAACAGGAUUUGUCCAGAAAAAGGACAUAGGAGAAAAUGAGGUAAAUGAAAACCUAAUAACCAUGAAGCUUCUCCUCAGUGAAAUUGCUAAAGAGAAAAACACUUCGAUCCAUAAUGUGAUUAAUGAGGGAUGUAAUAUGUCUAUGGUUGAAGAGCUGGUCUUCUAUGGAAAUAGCCCGUCAGCCCAUAACAACGAAGUCAUGCACGUCUGUGUAUGCUCCGACUCAUUCUGCAAAGAGCCAUGCAAGGAUAUUGUUCCAAUGAAAGUGGAAGAUAUAGAGUUCAGAGAUUAG